AACUUCUAAAACAACCUAUAUUUUUCUAUUGUUUUUCUGCCUAAAUGGAUUUUUCCAUGGGCUUAUUGACUAGUAUGUUAUAUAUAAAACAAUUUUAAAUAUUUGAAAUAAAUAACUAAGAAUAAGCAUAUCAAGUGCUUCCUUUCAUUUUAGGGUGAAAGCUACUAGAAUUAAAAUAUGAUUGAAUCAGAUUCUUCAUCAGAUGAAGAAGAUGUUCCAAAUUUGGAUACACCAGACCUUGGGUCUGCAUCAAUUUCUUCCUCUACGCAAAAUGUAGCUACAUCAAACUUUAAACCAGAGUACAACUCAAGCAUUUCCAGCAAUUCUAAAGGUCAAAAAAACCCAUCACUUGACAAUGUCAGUAUUGGAUCCUCAGGAUCACCAAAAUUACCACGUAUGGUUAUGGGUGGAAGAGCAAGAAACCCUAAGAAUAACGAAAUUGGUAAUAGUUUUUCUUCUUUACAAAACUUGCAAGAGAGCAACCAGAAUGGGGAAUACCCUGAAGACACAGAACACAAACGGAGGUUGCAGUUAUAUGUGUUUGUUUCACGGUGCAUUGCAUACCCGUUUAAUGCGAAGCAACCAACAGACAUGGCACGGAGACAAUCAAAAGUUACAAAACAAAAUCUGAUGUCAAUAAAGGACCGGUUUAUGUCAUUUUUAGAAGGCAAAACAAACAUUAUUGCUGAUGAAGCAUUUCGUAAUGCUGUGCAAUCAUACUAUGACAGCUUUUUAUGUUGUGACAGAGUUCAUAAAAUGGUUAACUCAGGGGGUUACUCCAGCAAUGAUUUUCGUGAAAUAUUUAAAGCAAACAUUGAGAAAAGAGUCAGGAGUUUGCCAGAUAUUGAGGGACUAAGUAAAGAAACAGUUUUAAGCUCUUGGAUGGCUAAAUUUGAUGCUAUAUAUAGAGGUGAUGAGGACCAAAAAAAGACUCCUGCACGACUGGCUGCUACUGCUGCUUCAGAAUUAAUUUUAUCCAAAGAACAAUUAUACGAAAUGUUUCAAACUGUACUCGGUGUUAGAAAAUAUGAGCAUCAGAUUUUGUUUAAUGCAUGUCAGUUGGAUACAGCCGAUGAACAAGCAGCUUGUAUAAGAAGAGAGCUUCAUUCAAGACAAAAAAUUCUGACAACAUUAUCAAAGCAAAACAUGCCGAAAUUUAUUCACAAAAAUAUGGAAGAAAUUUAUGUUGAAGAACAAAAAGCUAUGAUUAAGCAACUGAUGUCAAUUCACUUGGAAGCUUUUCCAGUAACAAAAAGUGGAUCAGAGGGAAAGUCAGGUUGGCCUAAAAUAAAACGUCCUCCAAACACAGUAAUUUCUGUGAUGGAUGUUAAUGAUGGUGACGAUGCUGUGUUAAGUAAAGCUGUUGCAAAUUUGACAUUCAAUCUACAGGUUACUGUGAUGGAAGCAUCUGGACUUGGUUCACUUCCACAUAACAGAAUAGUUUUUGUAGUUAUGGAGCUUGAGGGAGAUGAAAAACUUCAGACAGACCAAGCUGAAGCAGGACGUCCAUUAUGGGAGACUCAAGGUGAAUGGACAACAAAUCAACCACUACCACUACUGAAAUUGCGUUUAAUGGCGGAACACGCCUCAAAACUACAUUUAUCUGAUGAAAAAGAAUUAGCAACUUUAUCAAUAACCCCACACUGUGGUAUCUCUGAAAGCUAUGAAUGGUUUGCCAUGGUUCCAUAUAAAGGCUGGUCUGGAGAUGAGAUCAAGUUAAAACUUUCAAUCAAGAUGGAUAAACCUACUAAUGUGAAGAAAAGUGGAUUUUUAUAUGCAAAGGGUCAAAGUAUUUGGAAGGUUUGGAAACGCAGAUAUUUUAUGUUGAUACAGGUUAGUCAAUACAAGUUUGUAUUAUGUUCAUAUCGUGUGAAAAAAUCAUCACCAAAAGAGAUCAUGGUGGUAGAGGGAUACACUGCUGAUUUUGCUGACAAAUCUGAGGAAUAUGAAGGUGGAAGUUUUUUGUUUAACAUGGUGAAAGCUGGAGAUGAAGUCAUUCUUGCAGCAGAAGAAGAUGUAGACAGACUGAAUUGGAUAUAUAAACUCUAUACAGCUACUGGACAGUCGUUUAAGCCAGCGUUACCGUCAAAGAUGGGUGGUUCUGCUCUAGGAACUGAUCAAACUCUUCAAAAAGUAAAAGGAGAUAUGGACCGUGCAUUGAAACAUGGCCUUGGUGGUAUUGUACAAGCUGAUCCUUUUGAUUUCAAUCAAGCUGAAAUGUUUGCAACACUCCAGAGAUUGACUUUGCUGCAUCGUCUCAAUGAUUCAUACACAUGUCUGGGUUGGUUCUCACCGGGUCAAGUAUUUGUUUUGGAUGAAUACACAGCACGAUAUGGUGUCCGAGGAUGCCAUCGUCAUUUAUGCUACUUAACAGAUUUAUUAGAACGUGCAGAAAAUGGAAUUAUGAUUGACCCAACGUUACUACAUUACAGCUAUGCGUUUUGUGCUUCUCACGUAGUUGGAAACAGGCCAGAUGGCGUUAACACUGUCACCAUUGAUGAGAAGCAAAGGUUUGAAGAAAUAAAAGACAGACUCAAAGCUUACUUGGCUAACCAAAUUACUCACUUUAGGUAUUGUUUUCCAUUUGGUCGACCUGAAGGUGCGCUGAAGAGUACCUUAACAUUGUUCGAAAGGGUUUUAUCGAAGGAUACUAUGAUGCCAUCAGCUGAUCCAGAAGAUAGUGAUGAUGUGAAAGAAGCCAUUCGAACAUGUUUGAGGAAUGCCGCAUUGGUCAAUUAUACCCGUCUCUCAAACUAUGCCAAAGUACCAGGUCUGUUGAUGGUUUCUGAUGUGUAUCAAGAUGACACGAGUGCAAAAGACAAGCUGGAGAUCACGCUACAGUUAGCUGAACUUUGUAUCGAACUUAUCCAGCAGAAUGAAGAACACCACGCAGAGGCGUUGGCUUGGUACAAUGAACUUAUGAUGGAACAUACAGAAAUAUUUUGGUCCUUAUUUGCGGUCGAUAUGGAUGAUGCGAUGGAGAUUCAACCACGAGAUGCAUGGGAUAGUUUCGCUCUCUUUCAAAUGUUAAACAACUACUUACAGAUGGAAUCUCCAUUAAGAGGCGGGAAAUUUCAUCAACACCUCACCAUGACGUUUUCACCUCGAGUUGUACGAUAUAUUGAUCUGAUGGAAUCCUCAAUCGCUCGCUCUGUAGACAAAGGCUUUCAAAAAGAAACUUAUCAACCAGUCGGUCUUGGCUGUUCCACGUCAGAAGAAAUAUUUUGGAAGCUUCGCUCAAUACAAGCAUUUAUACAAGAUCUUCACUGGCCUGAUGAUGUUUUUGCAGAGCAUAUGAUGAAUCGAUUAAAGCUCAUGGCAGCUGAUAUGUCUGAAGCAUGUGUUUCUAGAGUUAUAAAGGACAUGAAGCAAUCGCUGGUUGGGAGGAGUGAUUUCGAUUACAUCAUCCCGACUGAAGUAUGUGUCAUGGCUAACGUGAUAUGUCAAGCUGAAGAACAGGCUGGCAUACUUUGCACGAAUGAAACUUCAACAGUGGAAGAGUACCAAUAUCAUUCAAAUAUCAACCAAUUCAUCCAGUCCUCGCAGACAGAAACCAUAUCAGCAAUAGUGGAGAAGUUAACUUUGGUGUUACAAGAUAUGUUAAAAAAAUUAGCCCGCUACGACCAUGGCACGAUAACUUCGAAGAUAUUCACCUUGCUUAAACCGAAAGAAGAAGUAGCUGGCGACUUUUUUCAUUACAUUGUUUGCAAUAUUCGCGAGUUUCGAAACUCGAUGGCGAGUGAAACGUAUGUGUUUAACCUUGAGAAGGCUUUGUGGGAGAAGCUUUGUGAGCUGUUGUGUGCUUGGCUGAUCACAAGACAAGAAGUACCCCUACAUGAAUAUCAACUUCGAGUGUUGUCCAGCAUCUUGGAGCCUUGUCGAAAACUGUUUGAGCAGGGAGGACUCACCAUAACCGAUUUAGAAAAUGAUAAUUACCGAGCUGCUUACAAGAAGUUGCAAAUCGAGGCUACCAUGCUUCACAUGAACGAGAAUGUGUUUGAAAGAGAGGUGGACGAAGUGAAAGGUUAUAAGAGUAGAAUUCAAAAUUCAAGUGAAUACGAAGAAGAUGAAUACUAGUAAAUUGUUUUGCAUGUGCCACAAUCAUUCAUUCAUCUUGUUCUUUUUAUAACAAUAUACACAUACUGGUGCCAUCAAUUCUAUACCAUAAAUGAAAACAUAAACAAACCAAUAAGAAAACAAACAACCACAGAUGAAGCAGACAUGCCUAUCAUUCGUCAACUGUCUUCAUAUUUUUUUACAAAUGUAAUUUGCUUACCUACAUACAUCGGUAUUCUUGCUUCUGGAGACACAAACCCUCUUGCUGUCUGUGUUAGGCGAAUUGUAAAUUACUAUUUUUCAGUAUUUUUAUACUUUUACUUGCUAGGUUUAGUACGUACACCUUAGAUAUUGUUUGACUGUUUAGGGUUAUUGAACAGAUCUUAAAGGAAAGGAAAGACGAUAUAAAGUGACUGUCACUUUUAAGACUUCAACACAAUAUUAAGUUUGUAAGUGAAGGUGUAAAGCCGAACUUUAACAGUCCUUUCUUUUGGUAACGUCUGGUUCCAAGGUAACUAAAUCAUGCUUUGAUUUCUGGUAUUAAAAAAACAGUAGACAUUAAAAUUUCGCUAUUAAGAUUCUGAUUCACCUUUCCGCCAUUUUUUUGCUCUAUUUUUAUACCCGAGUGUUAGUAUUGUGAUCUUUUGAAAUAUUUUUGAUUUGGUUCACUGCAACUUUUACUGCAUAAAAACUACUUGAGACUCGGUGAAACCUCAUGUAAUUUUGAUUUGAAUACAGCAAUAAGUAUAAUAAAUAAUUUUGAUUAGAUAGAACUGUGUGAUUAGUCAUACUACAAAUACUCCGCAUAUGUACAGGUAUGUGCCUUUCUAUUAAAUUCUGUUAAAACCCCUAAAAUUGUGAAAUAAUAAAACUGCAGCUACUCUGACAGGAAUUCACACGUGUAAGCAUUUAUCGUUUUAUUGUGAAUGUGAGCUACAAAUGACUUUGACACAAAUAGCUACAUCUGGAAACUCCUCUCCAUAUAUAUUCAAUGCACAUGCAUAAAACGCACCUUAAUGCAAGCGGUGCAUAUAAUGCGGACGUGUGACACGGGCUUUCGACUACAGAGGGUUUUUCUCAAAAGAAUAUUCGUUCGGCGAGCGUUACACAGUUCAAAUUAUUUUUAUGUGUAUUUCUCAACUUGAAGAAGAUGGUGGUUGCAUUUUUUUUGCUGUAAAUUUAAUUUAUUUGUACAAUAUAAAUUUUUUAUUUUACCUAUUUUUCUAUGACUUAAUUUAUGUUGAUUAUUUUUUGAUUAAGAACUGUCUUAUUGCCGUCGUUGUUGUUGUUAUCUCACGGCGCUGUUGCUAUGUUACCAUGUUUUUGUUGUCGUCGUUGUCGCCGUCCUUGUUGUUACUGUAGCUAGUCUACAGCUUGUCGUUGUUACCAUGCCGUCGUGUAAUCUUUGUUGUUGUAUUCAUCGUCCAUAUUUUUUUGUUGCUGCGGGUAUUUUUGUCGUUUCGUCGUCGUCGUCGUUUCGUCGUUAUUGUUGUUGCUGUCGUUUCGUCGUCGUCGUCGACGACGUUGUUGUUGUUGUCAUAGUGAAAAGUUUGUAAAUUUUUGUCAUUGCGAAACUUGGGAAAAUUGUACAGAAAUAUUAUUUAAAUAUAAAUACGUGAAAUUUCACGCAAUGUAAACAGUGCUUUAAAAAUACAUCUUUGAAUACAAAC